AAAGACUUGUAAUUUCAUGUUUCCAUAUUUUAUUCCUGAACAAGAAACAAGAGCAAAUCUUCAUUUUAGAUCUUUAACUUUUCUCGCAGAAUCACUUAAUCGUAUAAUGGUAUUACCUAAUGUUGGAAAUUCAAGAAUAGAUUGUUGUACGAAAUUUCCUUUUGAAUUUUAUUAUGAUUUAGAAAAAAUGAAAAAAAUGUUUCCAAGUAUAAAAUUCAUGACACAACAAACUUUUAAAGAAUGGACAAAAGAACUUUUAAUUAAACCUGAUACAUUACAUACAUGGUUUAUAGAAGAUGGUAGAAAUGAUUCUUAUUCUAUAAGAGAUCAUAAUCAAAUGGCUGUCGAACCAGGUGUUCGUUACGAAAAAAACCUUCUUUCUAAAUUAUGCAUAAACCAAUUCGAUUUAAAAAUAUCCGAUUAUAUGGAAUUUCAUACUGGAAUUGGUCAUGUAAAUGAUUUUGAACAUAAAAUGUUUAAUUUUUUUACGGAAAAUCUUAAAGAUAUAAAAUCUCCUGUAAUAUUAAUUCGAAAUCGUUCUCGAAGACAAAUGUUCCCAUUAAUUGAAGAACAAAUACCAUUUGCUCCUCAUAUUAUAAAACAAGCAGAUGAAAUUGUAAAUAAGUUACAAUCAUAUUAUUGUAUUCAUUGGAGAAUGGAACAAGGUAUA